AGGAACUGUAUACCUCUGUUUCAAUGUUGUGGAUAGGCAGCCUUGUGAUAACCUGACUGUGACUGACCACAUUUCAGCCUCAUUCCUGCAUUGCAGCCAAUCACUUUAUUUUUGUUUUAGAAGUGACGAGACUGUGAAGAGCCAAGACUUGUGUGAUUUUCUUCAUUGGUGGAGUUGGGAAUACCUGUGCCUCAGCGUCAAUUGGUAAAUAAUGUCCAACCCAACAUGGCUCUCCCCGCGGCAGUCUGAUGACCCUGGGCAUGUACCAGCUCGAAUGGAAACCAUGGCAUCAAUUGCCACACCAAGUAUCUCUGUAUCUACUCAACAAAGUCCAAAGAAAUUCGCACCUGUGGUGGCUCCCAAACCCAAGUUUAAUCCCUAUAAACAGAAUGGACAGCCCAUGGGACAAGUGGCAACUGAAAGUGAAUUCCCUCCACCUCCUCCACCUGUAGAAGGUUUGAGCCCGAUGUCAACAUUCCCUGGGGGAUUUCCACCUCCACCGACCUUACUUCCUGAUCAGUAUGAAACCAGUGCAAGUUUAAAUGUACAGACAGGGAAGAAGACCCUGGAUGAAAGGCGAUCAAGCCUGGAUGCAGAGAUUGACUCAUUGACCAGUAUCUUGGCUGAUCUGGAGAGCAGCUCACCCUAUCAGCCCCGCCCUCGACAGAGCCAUGGAGUCACCUCAACCAGCAGUUCUUCAAGUCCUCAAACUCCAAUAACGACAGCUUCUCACAGUCCAGUGAUUGGGCAUCAGAGGAUGAUUAUCCCCUCUCAGCCACUUUUAACAGCCACAAAAAAGGCAGCUGCAAAGCCCCAUGCUGCCCAGGCCAUUGCUAUGGCCCCAAAGACCCAACCACAACCUAUUCCAGCCUCCUACACCACAGCCUCCACACCAGCCCGACCUGCAUUCAAUGUGCAGGUUAAAUCAGCACAGCCCAAUCCCAAUUUCAUGCCACAGGGGCUUCAUCAACCAGGCCUAGACCCUGCCACUUCUCAAUACCAGCAGUAUAACCUGCAGCCAACUAGAUUUCCUGAAACAGCUCCACCAGUACAGACUUACACUCAGCAGCCCCGCUCCGUAGACCAUGGGUAUAGGGCACAGCCCACACAGUAUGCUGACCCAGGUUAUACUUACAAUCCUUCACCAAAUCGCUACCAAGAUCAUCGGUCUGUUGCUCCAGCACCAACAUAUGGAGUGGGUUAUGCUGGUGACCCAGCAUAUGGAGCUCCGAAUACCUGGAGACCUGAAGCACCUUAUACCCACAAUGCUCCUGGAUCAAGCCCCAGUGCCUAUCAUCAACCAGCUCCUAACAAGAAAGCUUACAUCACAGACCAAGCACCAGGACCAGCAGCACCUCUGCAACAACCCAAGAAUGUCUACCAGUCUCCAACUCCUGCUCCAGUUCCAGCCCCAGCACCUGCUCCAGUUCCUGCCCCGAUUUCCACUCCAGCUCCCACUGUGAGUGCUGCAGGCGUGAGACCAGAGGAUGAGCUUGAACGUUUGACCAAGAGGAUGCUGUACGAUAUGGAGAACCCACCAUCAGACGAUUACUUUGGCUGCUGUACCCGUUGUGGGGAGAGUGUUGUUGGAGACGGUGCUGGCUGCACUGCAAUGGACCAAGUUUUUCAUGUUGAUUGCUUCACCUGCAUGACGUGCGGUCACAAGCUCCGAGGACAACCCUUCUAUGCUGUGGAGAAAAAGUCAUACUGUGAGGCCUGUUACAUUAACACCCUGGAAAAGUGCAGCGUUUGUUCUAAGCCAAUUAUGGAGCGAAUCUUGCGGGCCACAGGCAAGGCUUAUCACCCACAAUGCUUCACCUGUGUCAUGUGCCACCGCAGCCUUGAUGGGAUACCCUUCACUGUUGAUGCAUCCAAUCAGAUUCACUGCAUUGAAGACUUCCACAAGAAGUUUGCCCCAAGGUGCUCUGUCUGCAAUGAGGCCAUCAUGCCAGCUGAAGGCCAGGAGGAGACAGUGCGCAUUGUGGCUCUUGACCGUGAUUUCCAUGUGCAGUGCUACCGCUGUGAGGAUUGCAGUAUUCUCCUGUCAGAUGGAGACAAUCAAGGAUGUUACCCCCUGGAUGGACACAUCUACUGCAAGAAUUGCAAUGCUACACGUAUCCAGGCAUUGACCGCCAAGUCGACCACUGACCUCUGAUGACCCCUGACAACUUGCUGACCCGUACUGCCCAGCAGAUGCAGCCCGUCAGCCUACGGGAAAUUUGAGUUUCCCAAUGAGUUUCCACAAAUUAGAAGCUCUCUCCUGAAGUUCGGGCAGUUACAGAAUAUAGCACCUCUUCGGCUGACCCUCCACUUUCCUGCUCACCGCCUAAAACCUUACUUGUACCAAUCACAGUGCUGCCUUGUUCUAGCUGACACUGACAGAGCUUCAGCCUCAUACUGACUGUCUGUAAGUUCUCACUGUCCUGGGGAGGUUCAAGGGGAUUUAAUUCCUGCAUGGCUGAAGCUUGCUAGCCAGCCUGUGGAGAAUUAUUCUCACAAGUCCAGAUGAACUGUCUGACUGUCUCCAAGAACUAACUCCCCACAAAUUACUCGCUAUUAUCAAUCCUCAGCACUAUCAUUUUGAACAUGUUAAAAUAUAGCCUGUUAGCCAGGGCACUGAAAAUAGCCCAGCCAAGAGCAUCAUGACUGGGCUCACAAUUCAAUCCUAGAACUGCCUCUCAAUUUAUAUUUUGUACAAUAUUCGCUGUCUCUAUCUCUCUAUUUCCCUUUCUGACCAGCUCAUGUGUUCUUUCCACCAUUCACUCUCUUUCUCUCUCUCUCUCUCUCUCUCUCUCUCUCUCCCUCUCUCCCUCCCCCCCUAUCUUUCCACUCCAUAACCUGAGAAAAUAUAAGAAUAUGUCUAACCACUAUUUGGGAAUUUGUUCGUGAAAUGGGAGGGAACAUCCUAUUGAUUUUUUAACCCUAUUUCUGGGAUUUUUCUCAAUUAGAUGUUCCACAAGUUUAUAGAAUUCCCCAUGUUGACUGCUCCCCCAGUGGGAUAACAUAGUUGUCAAACUCCUGGGUGAUGGAUACAUUCCCAGCUGGAAUUCUAAACUCCACGUUGGGUGAGCGAUGGCUGAGAGACAUUUUUUUCCAUCCUCUUUCCUCAAGGAGUAAGUCUGGGCCUCAGGUCUGAGUGCUCAUUUCUCAGUCAUACUAACGCAUACAUCCCUCCAACAUCCACUUUCCCUCAAGAGCCGAGGGGCUCAAUUUUCUCCCAGCUUCCCCCUUUCGAUCAUACUGUUUACACUAUGUUACAUAUGAAAAUCAUAGUCACACAGUGUGGAAACAGACUCUUCGGUCAAGCAAACCAUACCCAAUGAUGUUCAAGGAGUUUUAAAUAAUGCCAUAUAUUACAAAAUGUGAGAUUUAGAGAUUAAUUUAUAAAAUGCUGUGAAUUUUAUGAAUGUUUUGGAGAAAGUACUGACCCUGCAGGUGAAUCUGAUCUCCAGGGUCAGAGGCUUCACCUCUGUUGAUGUUCAGAUUUGAGAGCCAUUUGCUAUGGCAGUAAGACCACGAGAUAGAAUAAGGAAGGGGGAAUGUAGCCCAGGUUCAUGCUCCUGGACACUGUUGAAUACAUUCUGUUAUGAUGUGUACCUGACUGUCCAGGUGUGUGGAUUGGCAAGAAUCUCAUGGCCUCAGUCAUCUGCUGUGUUCUCGCUGUAUUGCCAAAGGUUCUGGAGAACAACUUAUGCCCAGCAGCGAGAUGAUUGCUAAUUAUAUUGCAUCCUAAAUGGAAGAUUGUGCCUUUUGUACUGUACCCCAACAGAAACAGGGUGCCUGUAUUAUGUAGCCCAACAGUAAGUGCAUGCCUGUAUUGCUCUACCCCAACAGGAGUCAGUGGUGCUCAAGAUGAGGAAGACCAGGGAUCAGAAAGCAGCUGUUUAGGAUUGUGUUGAAUGUGAGGGUGUGAUUUGAUCAGGGUACUGGUGUCCUCCAUAUGUCAGAUUCCAACUGCGUCUAACCUAGUCAUCCUCAAGGGUGGCUUUAGCUAAUUGAGUCCCUUCGUCUGGCAAGUUUAGUGUGCAGGAAGGCCGUGGUUCCGGUUCAACCCACAGCAGCCCUCAGAAUUGACACGUGUUACAAGUCUCUCAGUGCGCGCCUUAUACUGGUGAAACAAUUUGGAACUGAAGGUGAUAUUAAAAGGGAAGAGGCAGUUUGGCGAAAGAGCAAAUGAUUGACUGUAUGGCAGCAGUGGUUUGUGUCACUUGUGCUGUGAUCACAAGUUAUUCAUUCAACAGAGCCCAAAGAUAAAGGUCCCUUCAUUUAACUGGCGCCACAGAAGCUGAGGUUUGUUAUGGCAAAAGUAAUGCCUUCCAUUUUAGAGACUCGACAGGAGAGAAAUUUUAUUUUCAAACAUACUCGGUGAGAAUUGGAAAGCUUAGGUGAAAGAAACAUUGUCGUUCCAUGCCACACACAGAAUGUUUUCACAUCUUGUUGAAAAGUCCCCUAUGGUGAGAAAUCCACAGCCAAAAGCAUUGCGGCUGUUCCUGUGUUUGAAGUAAAUUCUUGUCAGAACCUUUGUGAUCCUGAAGGACUUUAUAUCAACAGAAAGGAUUGCAUUUACUUCUGGAGCAUGUGUUCACUCCUCCUGAUGUGAUAUUAAUGAUCCUCCCAGCUUAUAGAAAGCUUGCAACAUGUGAACUAGUGGAGCAGAUCUUUGAACAGUUAGACGGAGAUCAUGACUGUCAGUCCCUGGCUGGAAAGGAUGAGACAACACACUGAGAGUUGUUGGUGGACACAAAAUGCAGCUCAACAAAAAUGCUACAAGAAUUCCCACUUUUGAGUUUAUACAAGAAAAACUAAUGUUUACCUCUGGCACUCUAUAAAUGCAGAAUUGCGUUUUAUUUAGCUCCAUGAAUCUGUUUUGGAAAAAGAAUAAAUAAACGGACUUGCUAAAUAUCCAACUCCAAACAUAGAGCAGAGACCAACAUUUCCUGGACCAAUUUAAGAGCCAAUUUUGCCACGAAUUUCAUAGAAAAGGAAGCUAGAUUUCCAACAUGGGAAAUGUGUGUAUUUGACAAUAGUUUCCAUGGUGAGGCCAUUCUGAGGUGUGGAGCUGUCUGUGAACCUCAACUUUUCCUAAAGACUCUGUCAUUUCAACUGUACUGCAUCAAGAUUGAGUUUGAGAGCAACAAGAUAGGAAUUGAAUUGUGUGAACGCAGUUACGGCUUAGCACUUUGUGUGGGUGGGGGGUGGUGUUGAGACAUUGAGUAAAUUGGAGUUUAGAAGACUCUGAGGAGACUUUGUAGAAAGGUGUACAAUUCUGAGAGGGAGUGACAAGCUAGAUGCUAGGGUCUUCAGCUGGUUAACCGAAUCUCGAUGUAAGGGGUUGAUCAUUUACGUUUGAGACAAGCUGAAAUCUCUUCCCUGAAAUAGUUGUGAAUCUCAGAACUCUCUUCCCAAGUGGACUGCUGUUGUUCAGGCACUGAAUAUUUUCACGGUUAAUUGCUGAUUACUUGGCCAGCAAUGGUGACAUGAUUAAAACUGGGAUGCUCAAGAAGCCAGAAUGAGAAGCAUGUGAAGAACCAGGAGGCAUAAAGGGAUUGAAGGGAUUACAGAGACCGGCAUGAUGCCUUAGGAAAAGUCGAUAACAUGAAAGUCAAUAAGAAUGAAAUGAUUGAUGCUUCUAAAGUGCGAGUGUAGUUCCCCUUGGCAUCCUGUACAAACAGGAUCAUCCAAAGAGCCUGAGUGAUUGGAUGAAAGAAGCCUCUGACGGAUAGCAGGGUAAUUUUAUGGCCCUUCACUGGCCAAUGUGAAGGCUGGGUUCUAGUAAAAUAGGGGAUGUGGCCAGCUCUUUGCCCACCUGGCCCCAUGUUACUGAAAGGGGCAAAGUGUUGGCUAUGCCAAUCUGCCUGACUCCAGCUCUGUGGAGCCCUGCAGCCCAAUGGUAUCAAUGUAGACUUCACAAGCUUCAAAAUCUCUCCUCCCCCUACCACAUCCAAAAACCAGCCCAGCUCAUCCCUGCCUCCCUGACCUGUUCUUUCUCUCACCUAUGCCGUCCUCCCACAUCAAGCCGCACCCCCAUUUCGAACCUACUAAACUCAUCCCACCCCCUCGACCUGUCCGUCCUCCCCAGAUUGACCUAUCCCCUCCCUACCUCCCCACCUACACUCACCUGUGCUGGCUCCAUCCCCGCCCCUUUCACUUGUCUGUCUCCUCUCCACCUAUCUUCUCCUUUAUCCAUCUUCGAUCCACCUCCCCCUCUCUUCCUAUUUAUUUUAGAACCCCCUUCCCCUCCCACAUUUCUGAUGAAGGGUCUAGGCCCGAAAUGUCAGCUUUCCUGCUGCUAAGAUGCUGCUUGGCCUGCUGUGUUCAUCCAGCUCUACACCCUGUUAUCUCGGAUUCUCCAGUGUCUGCAGUUCCUAUUAUCUCUGUGGAGCCUGUUUGAUUAAUGUCAGAUUAAUGGCUGCUUGAACGCAUUCCACCUUCUUUGCAAUAAUGCACAGGAGGCAUCCAGCAUAGCACAUCCUACCAAAACGGCUGUGCCUCCAUUUGUGAAGGGGCGUUCCUGGUGCCCAAGGAGGGUACCGCUCCCAAAAUAACAACCAUCCACUUGUGCCUCACCCUGCAGACCUUCUCAAAUCAUAAACCCCCUCACCUCAGCCUUUCUACUCCUGUUCUGGGAUCUUGCUGUACCUCCCUGAAGUCUGUGGACAGAUCUUAAAGUCUGCAAUCACUGUGCUUUCUCCAUAGAGUCUGCAACCCCAGUGCUGGCUAGUAGUUAUUUGUGGCACUACUGGGGUGACUCAGCUACCAGCCAAUCAUAUUGGAGUCACCCUGUCUGUGAGGGACAAAAUUCCUCUUUACCCCAUUGUGGCCACCCGAGAGUUUCAUUGCCCUGGGAUUUAAAGGCAGAAUGGUUCACCCCACAAGAAAAGCUUCCCUUUGGUAUAACCAGACCCAGGUUCCAACAGAUGCCAAGUUCCAAAAUCAAACCAGAAAGGGCUGGAGAAACACAGCAGGUUGGCUUAGUUUUUUCCAGCACUUUCCUGUUUUUAUUCCGGCAACUGCAAUACCUUGCUUUUUCACCAGGUUUGGAGCCUGGGUCAAGCUGUGGGCAGUGUCAUAAACCUUGUUGUAGUCACCGUGACUCACCAAUUUAAUCACCACAACCCACAAAACACUCCACCCUCUCAUGGAUCCUACCCACCUAUUUAAUCUCUGGCCACAGACCCUGGCCAGUCAUGUCCAUCAUGGUCCCUACUGCUGCAAUCUCUCUCAAAAUAAUCCUAAAUUGAAAGACUGACAAGUAGAAUGGUUGAUACAUCUCGCCACUUUUCUGCGAAUGUUGCCCUCCAGGCAGUUUCCCUGUGCAUUCACUGGUGGUUAUAGUAAGUGUUGUAAAGUGCUUGCAACUACAGGAAACAGUGAAAGAACAUAGAACAUAGAACAGUACAGCACAGAACAGGCCCUUCAGCCCACAAUGUUGUGCCGACCAUUGAUCCUCAUGUAUGCACCCUCAAAUUUCUGUGACCAUAUGCAUGUCCAGCAGUCUCUUAAAUGACCCCAAUGACCUUGCUUCCACAACUGCUGCUGGCAACGCAUUCCAUGCUCUCACAACUCUCUGUGUAAAGAACCCGCCUCUGACAUCCCCUCUAUACUUUCCACCAACCAGCUUAAAACUAUGACUCCUCGUGCUAGCCAUUUCUGCCCUGGGAGAUAGUCUCUGGCUAUCAACUCUAUCUAUGCCUCUCAUUAUCUUGUAUACCUCAAUUAGGUCCCCUCUCCUCCUCCUUUUCUCCAAUGAAAAGAGACCAAGCUCAGUCAACCUCUCUUCAUAAGAUAAGCCCUCCAGUCCAGGCAGCAUCCUGGUAAACCUCCUCUGAACCCUCUCCAAAGCAUCCACAUCUUUCCUAUAAUACGGCGACCAGAACUGGACACAGUAUUCCAAGUGCGGUCUAACCAAAGCUUUAUAGAGCUGCAACAAGAUCUCACGACUCUUAAACUCAAUCCCCCUGUUAAUGAAAGCCAAAACACCAUAUGCUUUCUUAACACAAGGAUUGAAGAUUCUGUCCUCACUGACCUGCUUGCCUUCUCCUGGUCUCUGUGCUCCAUGUAUAAAGGAGAAAGUGAAAUGAAAUGUUUGUGGAGACUUGAGAGUUAAGAUCCCUAAUUUUGCUCCUGAAAUGAGUCAUUUUUAGAUUUAAUGCGUAACUGAAACCAGAGACUAUUUGAACAAACUGAUACUGAAUGUUUAUAUCUUUUGAAGAUUAAGUGCACUCUGUUCUGUUGCCUGUCUGACUGUCCAAGGUCUCCUCUACAAAAACAACAUGUAUGAGGGUGGUUUAGAGAGCAGGACAGGUGUUCAGCUAAAUUUGAUAAUUCCCACUUAUAAACCUCGCUGUAAAUUAAUCUGAGGAUUGUGUCUUUAACAUGCAAACUCUUUUUACCUUAUAUUUAACAAUCUGAUCUGAUGAUGCAAACUGCAUGAAUUUUGUGUGAUAGUGUGGCCUGAUACAGCUGCUGCUUCACAAUAAUGAAGUGAUCAUGUCUAUUGAUCCUGUUAUUCUUUCAGCUGGAGCUGCAUAUGGUCCCUUGACACUAUUUAAAUGAGUCCCCAGGUCAGGUGCAGACUGUGCGUUAAUGUAUAGUGAGUAAAUUAGAUUUCAGAGUUUGUACAAAAUAACCUUGUUUAGCUGUUUUUAUCUGAAUAGAGGCACCUACUGCCACUACUUGACUUCACCUCAGCCAAAAUUCCACCAGAAAUUAUAUUUGCCAAUACAGGUGAUUGCAAGUACAACCAACACAUCCCUGAUAUUGAACACAUUCCUGGGUAUAAAGCACAGUCCUGGGUGUUCCACACAUUCCCGGAUAGGUAACACAUUCUGGAAAUGGAAUCCAUUCACAGAUAUGCAACACAUUCCUGCUUAAACAACAUAUUGCUAGAUAUGCCACUCGUUCCCAGAUAUACAACACAUUCCAGGAAAACAACUUGACUAAGAACUUGAGGUGAAUCACUCCCAGAGUUGUGCGAUAUUUGUGUCAAGUUUGGAUGUUCAGAAGCAUAAUGAGGAGGGACUUUACAGAUGGAAGCUGGUACAAGAUUAAAACAUUCUUGACUCUAUAUCUGCAAUAGAUACAGAUUCUGAGAAAUUUUAGGCUUAUGCUAUCUAAAAUGGGACAAUGGUGGGUAUAUUGGGUUUGGUCACAGAUCAGCUGUGAUCUUAUUGAACAGUAGAAUAGGUUUGAGUUGAGGGGCUGAAUGGCCUCAUCCUGUUCCUAUGUUCCUUUUAGGGACAUCAGUGGUAGAUAGAGAAAGGAGGCUAAGUGAAGGGAGCAGGAUAGGAUGGGAGGGAGAGCCCAUGGCUGUCAAAUCCCUCUGAGUAUCAGCCUCUCAUCAGGAACCUCAUAGCCUUACAGAUGUACAAAUGUCACCAUUCUGUGGAGCAUUACUCGCCUUUUAAUAGCACCUAUUUCCACAUUUAGAGCAGCUAAUUUUUCACCCAGAAGUGGUUUCCGUGGUUUCCCGUGACUGAGGGUUGUUCUGGUUCAUCAACGUGCCUUCACUGACACUUGAUUCAUUUUAAAACGCCUUCGGUUAUUCAGGCAGAUUAACUCAGGGACCAUGGCCUGAUCUAGUUGCAUUCUACUAAUCCAGCUUCCUGCAACAUACAAGAAUUUCCUCCUUUCUUUCACUCUACCCCUUUUUCCUCACUUUAUACCUCAUUCUGCUUUACUCCCCUCCACCAGUCCCCCCUCCCCUUACCUCACUUCACAUUUCUUUCCCCGCUCCCUUCCCUAUCCUGAUUGCCCCUCCCUACCCUCCCUCUUCCAACAUUCACCCUCAGCUUCUUCAUCUCUACCCUCACCUUCCUCCUCCUUACCCUCACCUGUCUUCUCCCUACCCUCAACAUCCCCCUCCAUACCCUCCCUUCCUCCUCACACUUAGCUUUGUCCUCCCUACGCUCACUCCUUCCCAUCCUCACUUUCCUCCUCACCUGCCUCAUCCUCUUCCUUGCCCUCACUGUCUCCUCAGCUCUCCCUCUUUGACCCAGUAUUGAGCUAUGUGUGAUGUCACUGUCCUGCAAGAUGCAACAACAUUGUUAUUUAUAUAACACAUUAAUGGUGCAAAGAACAUUUUCCAAGUGGUUAAUCAAGCAAGAAUCAGCAUUAAGCUACAUUAGUUCAGGUGACUGCAUUAGGUUUUAAAGAGAAAUAAGAGAGGACAGUGAAGCAGGAGAGCAGAGAGGCUGAAGGUAGCUAAAGGUGUGAGCACCAGUACUGGAGCAAUGAAAAUUUGGAAUGUAUGAGAGACCAGAAUUGGAGAAGCACAGAAAUCUGAGGGCACAGGUCUAUCACUGUAUACCACUCGGAUACAGUACUGGUAGGGACAGGUCUGUCACUGUGUAACACUGGGGUACAGUAUGGGUGGGGGCAGGUCAGGCACUGUGUAACACUGGGGUACAGUAUAGGUAGGGAAAGGUCUGUCACAUUGUAACAGUGGGAUACAAUACCAGUGAGGGCAGGUCUGUCACUGCGUUACAGGUGAGUACAAUUCUAGUGAGGGCAGGUCUAUCGCUGCAUUACAGGUGGGUACAAUACUAGUGAUGGCAGGUCUGUCACUGUUUAUCGCGUUAAAAUUGCCAUAGUCCCAGAAGAAACCGUAGGGAUGCUAACUCAUUGGAGAGAGAUGACUGGUAGUUCUUUAACCAGAGGGUCAUCACAACACAGGCGUGGGGACAAAGGAGUGUUUGAGAAGGAACGCCCUUCAUGGUAGCUUCAGCCACUUGAGGGAAUUGAACCCGCACUAUUGGCAUCAGUCUGCAUCACAAACCUCCCAUCCUGCCAACUGACCCCUGACUGUAUGACACAGGUAAAGGGUCUGUCAUCGUACACAAGUGAGAUACAGUCCUGGUGGAGACAGUUUUAUGGUAAAGGGCUGUACAAACUGUGUGUAUGAUGGAGGAGGUAGGGCACUGACCCUAACUGGUCAGUGCAUCUGCAACAAAUCACAGUGUCCACAUCAUGACUGAAUUCACCUUCAUGAUUCUCUGGCUUAUUUUUAAUCUUGUGUUUAAACUUAACUCUUCCAGAGAUUACUUGUUGCUGUUUUCAAUCUCUUUCAGUGCUCUGUGUAAUUAAUUUUGAGAUAUUUGAAUUCUAUGCAAUGAACUGAGAGCUGCUUGCUGCUACAAUCAUUUAUAUAAUGCUGGUUGUUUUGUAGAAUCUAUAUCAGAAGCUUUAUGUAAUCUUUGUUAUUCCUUCAAGCUGAACUGAACCUGCCCUUGUCAGGAUGGCUUCAUGUCGCCACCUGGUGGGUUUUCAAGGGCAGUGUCCCCAAUGCUUAUGAUACAUUGGAACCAGUUUAUAACUUUGUGUUUUCAGAAACUAUGCAAAAACAGACAAUAAUUCCAACAAAAGUAAAAAUUAUCUGGGACUCUGUAACUGAGAAUUCCUAAGAAACUGAGAGAUACACCACUUUAACCAACUAUUAACUUUAAAACACUUUAUAAACAAGCAUUAUUAUUAUGCAAAUAUAUUUUUAUAUUCAGCUGUUGAAGCCUGAACCUGACUGAGACAAAAUUGUGAACACAGCAUCUUUAUGGAGUCAGUUCCUGCUCAGUUACUAUCUGGAAAAUGUCAAACUGUCUUUAAUUAUCUAUUACUGCUGUCCUUGCUGAUCCUACACUAUUACAGCAGCUAAUUGCAUUACAUGGCACAGUACAAUUACAGGACUGACUACAAAUGCAGGUAAUUUGUAUAUUUUCUUACUAUUACCUUAAAAACAAGUCCUUUGGCAAUUCAGGUUCCUCUGUUUAAACAGCAAAACAGCAUUUAAUCUGCGAUUAGCAUAAAUGACAGGUGCACAGAAAAAACCCAAGCUCUGAGCUGGUGCCAGACAAGUAACUGCUCUACAAACAAAUUACUGAGCAUAUGCCUUAAAAUAAAUUAAGAUGUGACUUCUUUUAUAAAAAAUUAUACAUGCUGUUUGUAACUCACACUGGCAAGUUUUUGAUAUUGUUACUGGUGUAAUCAGCAUUAUUUACCUUUUCGCCCUGAAAGACAAUCAGUCCUUGACCUCAAAACUGCCCAAUCUGGUGAUUUCAUACAGAAAAGGGCAGGAUAUUAUAUUUUAUCUCUGCGUACUUGGGCUACAAAAGAGCAAAGAACAAGCAUGACAUGUCCCCAGUCACGGACCAAUAAUCUCUAAUGGAUCAAGGGCAGUUGUUAGUUAAGGACAACAUUGUUACCUGUGAAACUCAAUGUCUGUGGAACCAGUAUUGCAGUGAGAAUAUGAACCUUCAUGAAGUGUCCCGUAGUGAGAGUGAGCCACUCCAGAAACUACACCCCAAAGAGAGUCAGCACCUUCAGGAAGUGUUCCCCAAAGAGAGUCAGCACCUUCAGGAACUGUAUGCCACUGAGAGUCAGCACCUUCAGGAAGUGUUCCCCAAAGAGAGUCAGCACCUUCAGGAACUGUAUGCCACUGAGAGUCAGCCUCUUUAGAAACGACAUCCCAGUGAGACUCAGCACCGUCAGGGACUGCAUCCCAAAGAGAGUCAACACCUUUAGGAACUGCAUCCCAGUGUAGUUCAAACUUUGAGUACUAUGUUGUGGCCUCAGUUAUUAAAGGGAUUCAUGGGGCAUGGCACCAGGUUAGACUUGGGUUUUUCUGUUGCAAGGCUUGAACACUGUGCAGUCCAAAAUGUCUAGAAAUUGUCAUUAUUCAAACUCUUUCAUGAUUCAGUCAUUUGAGAGAACUCUAUUCAUUUCCUUGUGUUCUGGUACAAUGUAUAGAGAUAAGACACGAGUCAUUUGCAUUCUUGUUUCGGAUGAGCAAAUAACCACUGGUUACUCCUGGUGAAAUGUUAUAUCAUUUAAAGUUUAAGCAUGAAUGUCACAGAGCUUUUAAUUGAGACAGUUUUAAUCCUACUGUGAUUGUAUCAAUGAGAACAUCCUAUGAUCUAUCUCAAAUAUUCUGCCAAAUUUUAACAUCUAAAAUUUUAUCGAACAGAAAAAUUUACAAUGUGCUAUAAUUUAUUCUGUGUUGUGUGUAAUAGAUGAUGGAAAUUUUAACCAACCCAUUAACUCGAUACGAAAUAUACAAACCCAUCCCAAAUGAGCCUGAUUCAGCCUGACUCAAGUCAAACCAAUCCAUUCAAAUUCACAUGAAACUGCUCCAUAUGACCCAAGCUGAGCCAAUCCAACCUAACUCUACUCAAGCCAACUCAGCUCAAUCUCACCCAAUCCAACCCAACACAACUGAAAUCAGGUCAACCCAACCCAGCUCAAACUAACCCAAUCUAACUAAACACAAGUCAAACCACGCAGAUCAACUCAAACCAAUCUAACGCAGCUCAACUCUAGCUAUGUCAACUCAAACCAACUCAUUCCAACUUCAGCCAAGCCAACCUAGUACAAUACAAAAUUAUUCAACCAGCCUAAUUCUAACUGGCCAACCAUCUCAACCCAAACAAACCCUUCCCAAUUGAAAGUAAUUCAGCUAACUCUGAGCAGAAAUGACCCAGCUGAACAAAAUCCAGCCAAAUUCAACCCAGAUUAGAGCCAACUCAACCCAACUCCAUUCAAUCCAGUUCAACUCUACCUAACUCCACUAAGAUAAGAACAAAGUGCAGGAGAAACUCAGCAGGUCUGGCAGCAUCUGUGGAGUCCAAUAAGAAAGUUCUGAAGAAGAAUCAUGCUGGAUUCAAAAUUUUAACUCAGCCUCAGAUGCUGAGCUUCUCCAGCACUUUCUGUCUUAUUUCAAAUAUCCAGUAUCCGUAGUAAUUUGCUUUUAUUUGAGUGUCCAACUUAAACUGGGUUUAACUGAACUCAAUUAACUUGGUGCAGAUCAACCUUGAUACAAAACCAGCAGAGAAGAAAGCUUCAGUCUAAAACAUUCUCUUGAGAAAGCUGGUGAAACUCAGCAGGUCUGGCAACAUCUACAGAGAGAAGAACGAGGUUAACAUUUCAAAUCUAGUGUGACUGUGCUUCAGCUGUUCAGUCUUCUCCUUUUUCAUAUUGUUAACUCUGUAUUUCUCUCCACUGAUGCUGCCAGAUUGGCUGAGCUUCUACAGCAUUCUCAGUGUUUGUUUCAGAUUUCCAGCUUCUGUCGUACUUAUCUUUUAUUUGAGCUGCAACCUAAGUUAUUUGCAGUUUCAGCCAAGAGUAGGGCUAAGGGUACACCCAUUCAAAAAUAAGAUGCGAGGAGCUGGAAUUGAAAGGGCAGAGGGCAGUCUAGACAGGUUGGACUGCAUAAACUUAUUUAGAAUGAAUAUAAAAUAUAUGUUUAAAACACUUCACAAUCAAUUACUUCCGCUUUGCUGUACACCAGUGAUUAUCUUAAUUAAUAGUUAUUGAAUUUUCACCUGCAAUAUGUUUCAUUUUGUUUAAAGGGGGGAGCUGACAAUCAUUUGUAAACAUGCCCUCCCUGUCUUUGCUAUGAAAUUUGUACACUGCCUAUUAGCAACAUUAUCAAUAAACGUCUCACAUACAAUCAGAA